AUGGCUUUUAGGCAUGGUCUCAAAACUUCUGAUAACUUGAUUCUAAGUGGUUUAGCGGUUAACCCCUUAUGUGCCUUCUGCCAAAUCAUUGGGGAAAGCCACAAUCACCUUUUCUUUGAGUGUGAUUAUUCUUUUGAUAUCCUUAAGAAGGUUUUUCCUCGUAUGAACAGCAUGCAUUUACGUCCUAAUAUCUGGCAAGCUUUUCAUUGUAUUGAUGAUUGGGAUAUUGAUAAAAGCAGGAAGAACAUGUGCUAUCUCUUACUAUGUGUUAUUGUUUACUACAUUUGGAGAGCUAGAAAUGACAGGUUAUUUGGCAAUUCUAUUGAUUGUCACUCCACCACUGUUGCCAAGAUCAAACCUGAGGAAGAGUAUCUUGACGAUGAAUGUGCUACUUACCGAGCCUCUGCUGUUCCUGGAUGGUCUCCUUUGGCAACCAGGAACUGCCUUUUUGAAGGACGAUGA